UAUUACUUGUCAAUGUAUAUAUUUUAGGGUAAAAAAAAAAAACUAAUUUUUUUCCUUCUAUUAGAAAAUAGAAAACAAUUCGGGUCUAAGUAUAAAAACACAAAAGCCGACGAAGAAGAAGAACAAGACUUAAGCCUGGGGUAUUUGGAUUUGGAGAUUUGGAUUUUGGCGAUCGAAGCAAAGCAGAAGAGAGCGAAGUCAUGUCCGGUGGAAUCGCACGGGGUCGACUCACAGAGGAGAGGAAAGCGUGGCGUAAGAACCAUCCCCACGGAUGGAGACCAGCUAUCACUGUGAAGCAAAUCUUGGUUGGUAUUCAGGACUUGCUUGAUGAACCAAACCCUAAUGACCCUGCUCAGACGGAAGGAUACCAGCUCUUUGUCCAGGACAAGACUGAGUACAAAAGAAAGGUGCGACAACAGGCGAAACAGUACCCACCAAUUCUUUAAUAUCUCUUUUCCCUCAAGUCAAGUCUGAUUGUUAUCUGAAUGAUUCUCUUGCUCUACAUGUUAUAAAAACUUGUUAACUUUUUGAAAACUCUUGAGUAAUAAGCAGAUACAUUUUCCUCUUC